AUGGGCCGAUCAUCUUCUCAGGGCCUGACUGCCAGCGACUUCCAUCACCAGCCUUAUGUCAAUCCUGUCGACAUCUUUCCUGGCCGGUUGAGGCUGGUCAACCGGACUCAUGGAUACAAGUCUCCGAUAAGUACCCAGACGGCCUCUCGAAGUCCAUCCCGCUUCCCCAACGACCCUCAACCUCACAAAUUCGUUUGUUGCGGGGAGGAAGGAGGUCCUUCUCACCGCCCGGCCGCUGCCCUGAAUUGUUGCAUCAAGUAUGAUGGGGCCGCCACCGAUAGCCUGGAUUUCCCGCAAUCGUACAACGCCGUCCCGAAUUGCUGCGAUGAACUUGCCCCCCUCCACACUUCCCCGAGCCUAAUGGACUGUGAGGACUGCGUCGAUGACUGUGACGACUGUGUAGAGGAGCAUCUGAAGUUCAAUCCGCGACCUACGAAUCAUGUCGACCAUUGUGACGAGUGCAAGGACGAGCAGUGCGACGAAGGCCAGCCGUGCAAAGACACUUGCGAUGAAUGUGAUUUUUCUUGCUUUGAUUGCAUUGAUUGGAGCGAGUUCGAGCGCGACAAGUCUCUAGGGUUGUCCUUUUCGGUCCCUUUGCUCGGCGACAGUGGAUUCAAUGGGGUCGAGAAUGGGUUCAUCGAGGCCGACCCGCAACUCGACGAGAGCGAUCUGCUGAACUUCCGGGCCUCGGAGUUGUCCAACACGUCGUCGGACGUGAUGGCACCUCCUCUUGAUGUGCCAAUGCAUCACCAGUGUUUCCCCAGUGCCAUUCCCUACUGGAACGACUUUGUGCAGGCUCAAAUUUGCACAGGAAUCCCACAGCUGGCGCCGCAAACCCGGCAGUAUCCCCUUCCUCCAUUUGGACUCGAGUAUGGGUGUCAUCCGGCCACCGCGCACCAGCAAGAUCCGUUCUCAACAUUCCCAGCGACCACAGCAAGCUCGCUGAAUUUCACACCUACGCCUACACCGAUUCAAGCAUCCCCAGCUCCAUCCCGGCCCGAGAGCAGUGCUUUGGCCGACACGAAAGAUCUAUUAUCGGCCGUCUUAGCUCCCAGCACUUCUCUGGCAUGCCGAUGGCUGAUGCCAUGUGGCACGGUAUGCGGCGCAUCCUUCGCAACUGGGACGGAUCUCAAGAAACAUCUGAAAGCAGUCCACUUGAUGAAAGGCGUGACCAAAUGUAGCUGGCAAGGCUGCGACUCGGCUGAUUUCACCUCGGAAGCAGCUUUGACGGGCCACAUCUCUAAGAAACACCUUGCACCGCUAUUGGCCUCUGCUGCAGCGGCGGCGGCGUCGUUGUCAUCUUCGUCGAACACCAACAGCCAUGCCGGUGACCCGCACCAUGACCAGGGUGGGCCGUUCAAGUGUACCUACCCGGGAUGUACCAAGUCGUUCAUGUACAAGCAAGUGCGCGACGAGCAUGUCGCCAGCUGCCACAACGGCAACAAAAUGCACUGCCACAUCUGCGGCCAGUACUUGAACGGCGAAGGGUCGAAUUUCAAAAGACACAUGGCCACCCACCGGCCCAAACAUCAGCAUAUGAUAUGCAAGUUCCACGGACUCGGCUGUAAGAAGAGGUUUCCUCGGCUCGACAAUCUCAGGAGGCACGAAGCCUGUUGCAAGUUUGGCAAGAAGGCCGGCCUGGUCCACGUCCAUGGGAAUGCCACCGCCGUUGGCGAGCGCAAGCAUGGCCAUCACCAUCACCAUCAUCUCCAGAACUCCAACGACACCGCCAUGGCAUGA